UAUUAAUAGUGACGUAAGGUUUACAUUUGGUUUACCGUAACUUACAAUGCAACUUUAAAUGCGCGUACGUGAAGCUUGGUUUAGUGAUGUCCAUACCUGAAUUAUGCUUCGUGCUCUCAGUGUUAAAGACAAUCGAUUUCGUACAUCGGAUAAUGUAUUUAUGUAUAAAUGUGUUAGCAAUUAAACAUAAUGGAAUCACAAAGAAUUUGACAUGUUUUAAUAUCUACUUAUGCGAGGCAUAUUAGAUUUUGUGUUAUGAGCAAAUCGUUGCCGUUUUUCGAAAUUGGAUUUGAUUGUGGAAAAAAACUUAACUGGAUUGUGUAACGUUAAUAGCUGAAUCAUAACACAAGAGAAACUUUUCGUUUGUAUUGCGAUAUUUUUUAAAUUAUAACACCUCACCUACAUGUAAAGAACAAAAGACAGAAAUAAGAAACAAGAAGGCAAAGUAGGUACUCGAAAAUCAUAAAAAAAUAUUUAGACAUAUAUUUAUUGCAAUGCUACUUAUUUAUUACUUUUUUAAGCUAACUUUUUGACUGUUAAUCAUAAAUUACAAACUAGAAGUUAAUGUCAACAACUCGGUUAGAAAUCGAUGACAGACUCGAAUGACACAUUCACUCGGCGUGGGUCCAACACUACAUAAAAGAACUUGUUAUUAUUAUACGGGUGUACUUAACCUUUUAUUUUCAUGUUUCGCUAUAUUUUUAACUAAGAAACAACAAAAAUCAACGUAAAUAGCCAUUAAUGUGACCCAACUACCGUUAUUUCGGCUUUAGCUGUGUAAAAAACUUUAAAAAGAUGUUUUGCGUCCAAGAAAAGGAACGGACGGACACAUUUGCCAACGACAAGGAUCCAUUAAGCAUAAACCAAUCUGAAUCGGAUGAUGAUGAACCACAAGCCAAACGAUUAAAGUACUCCCCGUUGAACCUACAAGUAUACCAGAUACCAGCAUUCAAUACGCCAAAGUCUUUGUCAAUAUACCCACCGAAUACGCUACCUAACUUUGUGAAUAAUCCGUUGAAUCUAGCAAACCCUUUAGCGUUCACCGCUAAGCCUAAUGGAGAGAAUAUUGUCAAGAAUUUACAUAAUAGGUACUCAUUGCCCUCCAAGCUGACAAUAACUCCAGUCGUCAAUGGGGAGGUUGUCCGGUACAAGAAGAAUGGGGAGGUCGCCAAGAAGAGAGGCCCUCCUAAAGGGUACAAGCGGAAGCCGAAAGCGGAGAAGGUGGAACUCUCACAGAGCUUCAAUGGGACUCUACAAACACAAAACACAAUAUUGUCGAGUCUGCUAGCGGCGAAUAACACGACGAUCACAGGGGUCGCGGUACAGCCGGCGCCAGCGCCCGCGCCAGAACCUGUGCCAGAGAUCAAAGUGCCAGAAGGCACCGAGCUGGUGGAACUGCUCCUGGACCCUGAGGACUUCUUCCCCACUGAACCUUACAAGAUGGUGUUCAGCAGGAAAAAGAAUCCCAAGUGGAAGAAUUUUCCUUACCGCUGUGAGCACUGCUUUAAAGGCUACCGCGUGGCGUCCACGCUGCUGGCGCACUGCGCGGAGCGACACGGCUGCGUGCCGCGCGAGCUCGCGAUCCCGUGCCCGUGCUGCCCGCACGUGUCCACGCGCCGCAAGCAACACAAGAAGCAUCUCGAGACGCACGAGAGCAGGAGGCACAGGAUAUUCUGUCUCUACUGUCUGCCGCCAAGCGAUCCUUCAGAACCUUUCGUGAAGGAACCCCAAAAAUAUCCCUACGACAAGUUCCCCCAAUACUGGUACGCAUCUGAAGAAUCACUCCGUCUCCACAAGAAACGAAAACAUCCAUAUUCAGGCAUGUUCAACUACAAUUGGUUUUACACAUGGCUAGACGGUACCCCAAAUAGCUAAUAAAUCUAACAAAAAUAUUUAAUUUAGUAUAGUAGUUUUUGGUAGGAUUUUAAUUUUCGACGCUGGCAACCCACAGUAUUUCUAACAGUUUAGUAGAUUUUAGAUUUUUAGGCUGGCAGUUAUUUUUAGGUUUUUUUUCUAUUGUGAUGUUUCGUUAGUGUUUUAUAUGGCAACUUUAGUGUUUUUUUUGUGAUUAUUAAUCGUAAACCAGUUUUUCGCGUUGAUUUGGAAAAUAGGUUGGCAAUACUGUUAGUGGUAGGAUUUUGUGAUCGAUCGAAAUGUAAUUCCAAAUUAAGUGAUAAUUAUGGUAAGUUUUUGAUGUUGGCAACAUUAUUAAUUGAGAUUUCGAUUAUACGGGAUUAUUUUAUAGAAUUAUUAAGACGAUUCAUAUUAAAUAAAAUACUAAUUAAUUCGUUGCAUGCUCUUAAUCUUUUUGCAAUUGCAUUUAUCACGUAUUUUAAUAAUUAUUGAUUUAAACAAUAUAAUAAUAAAUUGGCAACUUUCACUAUUUAACUAUUUUAACUUAUCACAAAAUAAAUUUAAAUAAUUGGCAACUUUUAAUACAUUUGUUUAAUAAAUGUUGCCAACAUAGGCCAGUUAUUCUACUAUGCAUAAUGUUAGUAUUAUUUUAUUAAGCUAUUAAUAUUAAUUUGCUAUAUCGUAACUGAUGCAUUUAUCUUAAUAGACAGCUAAAUAGAUUUAAAAAUAAAAAGGUAGAUGUACCAAUUGACAAUUAUAUCAUUUAUAUCUGACAAGCCCACUGUUGGGCAGUUUUCGAGUUAAUAUACAGCCUUUGAUACUCAAAAAUAAUAUAGCUUUCUAUUGGUAAAAGAAUUACCGAAAACGGUUCAGUAUUUCCUGAGAUUACCCCGUCACAAACUCACUCACUUUACCUUUUUAUAAUAUUAGUAUGGAAUAGUCUGGAGACUAGAGUUGCUGGUUAUAACAUUCAACAACUUUCACACAACGCCAUCUAGUCUCAAACUAAGCAGAGCUUGUAUUAUGAGUACUAGACAACUGAUA